AUGAAGUUCUACAUUUCUGCCAUUGCUUUGGCAUCAUACCUUUCUACUGCCUCUGCUGCAGCCCACAAGCCCUACCCCGGAUGUAUCGAUGUCGAUGUAGCCAUCAUUGGCGGUGGCUCGUCCGGCAUCCAUGCAGCGAUCAACCUCAAGGAUGCAGGCGCAAAGGUCGCUGUGAUUGAGAAGAAGUCUCAGAUCGGAGGCCACGCCGAGACAUAUGUCGACCCGAAGACUAAGAUUCCAACCAAUAUUGGCGUCGUUGUGUUCGAAGAUACCCCAAGUGUGAAGAAGUACUUUGAUCGUCUGGGUGUCCCUAGAGUCAUCAACAACGUUCUCCAGACAACUGCAGCAGGCAAGCAGUACGACUUCUCUCUGGGUAUCCCCAUUCCUCAGACUGAGGAGGUGGCUGCUGCUACAAAGCAAGCUAUGGCUUCUGCCAUGCAGGCCUAUGCUCAGAAUGUCCUCCCCAAAUAUCCUUGGAUUGACCAAGGAUACACUUUCGUCCCAGAGCCGGUCCCUGCAGAGCUGCUCCAGCCUUUUGGACAGUUCGCUCAGCAGAAUAACUUCAGCGCCAUCCUUCCUCUUAUCGCUCAGCUGAACUGGUACCCGGGCAACAUCACCACCAUUCCCGCUCUUUACGGACUCAAGAAGUUUGGACCUGGGUUGAUGCAGAGCGCCAACAACGGCUUUAUUGUUCCCAAGUCGGGCAACACCCGUAGUCUUUACGAUGCUGCCGCUAGCGAGCUUGGCAACAGCGUCUACCUCAAUUCCAACGUCGUCCGUGUUGAGCGAAGCAAGGCUGGCGUUGUUGUGAUUGUGAAGCAGGGUGGCAAGACUCUCACAUUCAGGGCUCGCAAGCUUCUAGUCGCUAUUCCCCAAACUCUCAAGAACGUCAAGCACCUCGAUCUAUCCCAGUCGGAGCGUGACGUCUUCUCCAAAUUCUCCGCUGUCGGUUACGUCUGCGGUGUCGCCGAAAUUCCCGGUCUGAAGUCCAGCCUUCAAAACGUCGGCGCUUUCACUCCCGCCCACACCCCUAUCAUUCCUGGAAGCAACGGCUACUCCCAAACAGGCCCCCCCAACCAGUUUCUUAUUGGUGUGGGCUUCGACAACGCCGACUACACACUCGCCGAUAGUGAAGCUGUCAUGCGCAAGGAACUUGCUACUCUCGCAGCUGUUGGCGCAGUACCUGCCGAUGCGGCCAAGAAGGUGACGUUCCCUAUUCUUUCGAACCAUGCUCCCUUCGACCUACGGGUGACGAGCCAAAACAUUGGAAAGGGAUUUUAUGCAGACCUACUCAAGCUUGAGGGCCAACGUAACACCUACUGGACUGGUGCGGUGUUUGCUGGACACAACAGCGGCUUGAUCUGGAACUGGAACAAUGAUGUGAUCAUUCCCGCUCUGAAGAAGGAUCUUGGGCUUUGA